AUGAUGAGCGAAGGCUACUACUACGAUGAAGAUUUUGGCAUGGAACUGCAAUCCUUGGACAGCAAUGACGAGAGGAAUAUUGUUCCGCGGGAACGCAUUGUGUUGACACCGCCACGAGAAUGGCUCGAUCCCAAAAAGCCUCUGCCCACGGACAAGGAAUAUCAUCGUUGGAUCAGCGAGCAGCUUCGUGCUCAUCGAAGUGGGCAUCGUCAAAGACAUGAUCGCAAUGAUGAUGCCUCUUCGUGUGCUUCAGACAGCAGUCAAUUAUCGGCCAUUGGAAGAGCCAUCCAGAAUGUCAAAUCCAAAGUCGUUGCAGGGGUGCUGCGAAAGAGACACAAUGCUGCCGCCAGCUUGGAGCGACAGACGCUUUUGGAGGAAGACUGCUUCUCCUCGCGGGAUAAUGGGGUGGUGGGAAUGGAACUUUCCCUCAUGUCCUAA